AUGAGUGUGUGUGAAAUUGGAGCAACCAUCGGAAGAAUGUGGAGAGAAUUAUCAAACGAAGACAAACAAAGACAUAAUGAUGAUUUCACCGUUGACAAGGUGAGAUAUGACUCAGAGCUAAAACAAUAUCUGAAAGAUACUGGCUUGAGAUCUCGUGAUUUAAUAAAAAUUAGGGCAAAAAAUAAAGCAGCUGCUAAGUCAGCAGCUCGUCGGCCUGCACAACCUCAACAAGCUGUGCAGCAUGUAGAAGGUGCUCAUUCCGACAACCAUCCUCACAUUUCUCAUAACAACUCAAAUUCACAGUUCGGUCAGUCAAUAUUUCCCAUUGGGAUGCCUGUGUCGAUGUUGCCAGGUUUUCCAAAUAUAUGGGGGAGUCAACAAUACGCCAGUCAACAACAAAUGUUUGCCUCUAUGCAACUGGCUCAACAGCAAAAUAUUUAUUUCAAUCAUCAAAAUUUUGAUUCUUAUAACCACAUGAAUUCAGAUUCUGAACCUGUGGCACAACCUCCUUCAUCAAUGUAUUUGUAA